UGGAGUGGAGUGCGGCGGAGUCAGCCAGUUUUGAGGGGGUGGAAACCAAACGCCUUGUUGAUCCCGGUGACUUCCCUCAUCGACCGAAUCACUCCGACUAAAGUCAGUCAUCCAUUCCUUCCUGAAGUCCGCCCUUUUGACCCUGAAAUCCCUCAUCAUGUCCAAAGGCACGGUGGUUCUGGCCUACAGUGGCGGACUGGACACGUCCUGUAUCCUGGUGUGGCUCAAGGAGCAGGGCUACGAUGUCAUAGCGUACUUGGCCAAUAUUGGACAAGAUGAAGAUUUUGAAGCUGCCCGGAAGAAAGCGGAAAGCCUCGGCGCGAAGAAGGUUUUCAUUGAGGACCUGCGCAGAGACUUUGUGGAGGACUUCAUCUGGCCGUCGCUUCAGGCCAACGCGGUCUACGAGGACCGAUACCUUCUGGGCACGGCCAUAGCGAGGCCCUGCAUCGCCCGUGGUCAGGUCGAGAUUGCACGCAAGGAGGGGGCUCAGUUUGUGUCCCACGGAGCCACUGGGAAGGGAAAUGACCAGAUACGCUUCGAGCUCUGCUGUUACGCUCUGUACCCAGAGGUCAAGAUCAUCGCCCCUUGGAGGAUCCCUGAAUUUUACAAUCGCUUCAAGGGGAGAACGGACCUGAUGGAAUAUGCACAGAAACAUGGUAUCCCAGUGCCAGUCACUCCUCGGGCCCCCUGGAGCAUGGAUGCCAAUCUCAUGCAUAUCAGUUAUGAAUCAGGCAUCUUGGAGAAUCCCAAGAGUCACGCUCCAGCUGACCUCUACCUGAUGACCAAAAACCCAGAGGAUUCUCCAAAUGCCCCGGAUGUGCUGGAGAUAGAGUUCAGAAACGGAGUUCCUGUCAGGGUGGUGCAUGUGAAGGAAGGGAAGUCCAAAGACACGCCGCUGGAUAUCUUCUCAUACCUCAACGAGAUAGGAGGAAAGCACGGGGUGGGCCGCAUCGACAUCGUAGAGAACCGUUUCAUCGGCAUGAAGUCACGAGGGAUAUACGAAACUCCUGGAGGCACCGUCCUGCUGAAGGCCCAUCUCGACAUCGAGACGUUUACCAUGGACAAAGAGGUCCGACGGAUCAAGCAGGGACUCGGCAUCAAGUUCUCCGAACUCGUAUACAACGGCUUCUGGUACAGCCCUGAAUGUGACUUCGUGCGACACUGCGUAGCCAAGUCCCAGGAGAACGUCGAGGGCAAGGUCCAACUGUCUGUCUUCAAGGGCCAGGUUUACAUCCUGGGACGAGAGUCGCCCAAGUCGCUGUACAACGAGGAGCUGGUCAGCAUGGAUGUUCAGGGAGACUACGACCCAUGUGACGCCACUGGAUUCAUCAGGAUUAAUGCUGUCAGGUUAAGAGAGCAUCAUCGUUUGCAGGGUUUCUCUGGCACCAAACAGUGAUUGUUGCAGCGAACCAUCUUCCUUUCUUCUCCCACGCUGCCACCGGGUCUUUAACUCUGAUAGGUUUAGGCUGUGUUCCACUGUUGUCGCCAUUUGCCUUAUUGUCUUGUGCAGUUUUAUCAGGGCGUACGUACAACAGCCUCUUGCCGUCAAAACUGUUUCUCAGGUGGUGCAGAGUUAAGGGAAACCUGUGUGAAUUAGAUUAGGCCAUGCAUGCUAAACGUGAACGUCUAAUAAAAUGCUUCUUGGUGUUAUAGUUACUGAA